AUGGAAUAAAAUAUUUCAAUCAAAUGUCCAAUUCAUAGAAGAGAAUUAAUAGUAACAGGAUGUAUUAAUCCAAAUUGCAAUCGUUCACCUUUGAUUUGUCAAAUGUGUCCAGACGCUCACUCUGAGCAUUAUUCAAAUAUAGUUCAAAUUUCAGAAUGGCUUUAGAAAGUAGCCAAGACUAUUUAAGAAGGCUCGAAAACCUUAAAAUAGAUAAAAGAUAUCAAUUAAAUUGAUUCUGUUUUAAAGUGGUGUGAAGAUAACGAGAUGCAUCUCAAAAAGGUUGAUGAACAUUGUAAAGCUUAGAAGGCUUUAAUUAAUGAAGAUUUCAAUUAUCUGAAAGAUCUUUUUGUAGAAAAAUGCAAUUAAGCAUAAGCAUAAUUAGAAUAAGAUAUAGAAGACUUUUAUACAAAAUAUAAAGAAUAAUUUAAAAUCUGUAAACUGAUUAUGGAUGACUCAUAUAUUUUAUAGAAAUAAUGUAAUCCUUAUAGUAAUGUGCACAACUUAAUUUAUAAAUUACAGUAAUCAAAUUCAAAAGAAGCUUAAGAAUUGAUUAAUUCAAUUAGAAAAUUAAUUAACAAGCCAUAUGAUCCAAUAGAAAAUAUCAAGUAAUGUGCAGAAUCAAUAACUGAAAUGACAUAUAACCUUCCUGUGUUUGCAUUUUAAGAUGGUGUAGAUAGCUUCGUAAAUUAAUUGGCUGAUUAAAUACACAACCAUUUUAAAACAAAACUAAACAUUACCUUGCCCAGAAAGAUAGUGUCACCCAUAAAAUAUUAACCCAAAAAUCUUCAUAAAUAGUAUUCUUUGCCAACUGAAAAUAUGACACACAAUUACAACAGCAAUUAAAAUGUAUCGAAAUCACCCCGUAUAAAUCAAAAACUCACGUUUUCUCCUUAAAAUAGCAUAGCUAUGCAUUCAAAAACUAUAGUAGGGCAAUGUAGUGAUUUUACAUUAAAGCCUUUAAAAAAAUAUUAAUUAGACUUUAAUGUAUCAGCAAUUGAAGUUAUUACUCCAUAGAUAUUUGCAAUGACAUGUAGUAAUGACCCUCAUUUGAGAGUGUUUGAUACAAUUUAAAAGCGAAUUCAUACAUUGUCUACUCAUAUAACUCCAAUCAUAUAAUUACACAAAUCAAUUGAUUAGGUUGUUCCAUUACAGUAACAUAAUAACUCUAAACCAUCAACUUAUUUGUUUACAUUAUCAAAUGAAUAGUUAGUUGUCUGGGCUUUUGAUUUUACUAAUUCAUCAAUGAUUGUCCCAUACAUCUAUCAUAAAUAUCUAUUCAACAACUAAAUAACAUAAACUUGCUAUUUAUAGGAUAACUCUUGUCUUGUACUUGGAGAUUAAGUUGGAACUGUGGAGGUGUAUAACUUUUAGUCAUCUAAAUUAUAAUAGAAUGGCAUCAAGGGAAAACAUUAGAAACAGAUAUCAUCUAUUUUAUUAUUAAAAAAACAUGAUAAGUUUAUUUGUAGUUCUUAUGAUUAAACAUUAUCAAUUUGGAAAAUGUUAUACAAUCAGUAGUCUUUUGAAAAUACUUAUUGUGAAUCAAUCAUUUAAUGUGGGAACAUGCUUGGAUAAAUUUAAAUAAUUAAUUAGUUUUAAUCAAAUCCAAAUUUAUUGUUAGUUGGAAAUCUAGAGGGGUCAUUAAAGAUUGUCAAUUUGAUGAAUUAAUGUGUCAUUUUAGAAUCGGACAUUCAAAAAAAUACUAAUUCGAUCUGUGAUUUUAUUAUAGCUGAAGAUGCCAAUAAAGAAACAAUAUCAGUGAUAACAUAUUUAUAGUCUAGUAAAUCUCUAAGAUUUUGGAGAUUGUAGAACAACGAUAUGGGUUGGGCUUAAAAUGAAUAAAAGAUUGAAGUUGCUUUAUCAUUAUCUGAGAAUAUGAUCAGAUCAAAACUUCAAUUAGUUUAAAUGCCUUCCAGUACUUAAAACACUGUAGUUUUAAUAGCUAAUGAAAUCAACAAAGAGUUGUUAGUUUAUGAAAUUAUUAAUAAAUAGUGA